GGCGCUUUGCACACAGUUGGACGCUGAUUUAGUUACCACGUUGGAUGCGAGUAAAACGAAAUUUUCGUUAGAGUUUCGUCUCCGGGAUUCGGUGUUCUUUUCCAUUUUAUUUUCAAUUUACGUACAUAGAUUCGUUUGAUUUAUUUUUUCGUUCGAGAUCGUUCUAAUCGUAUUGUUUAAUGAUGUGAAGUGCAACUCGACAUGUUUUUCUCGUAGAGAAAAAAAACACACAUCGAUUAAAAAGGCGUAUCCGAAGGGCUUUCGCGAAACCCAUUUGACAUGGAGGUGCGAUGAAGAAACAGACCACCAAUGAAUGGUACGCAUUACUUCUUUGCGCCAAUUUGCUGUCCAUGUUCACCGCCGAGGAAAUCAGUUGCCCUCCGAUAUCCGACAAUAAUUGUUCGUGCUAUGUGUUCGACGACGAGGUAUUCCUCGAAUGUCCCAGCAUCACGCUGGUGGCUCUGCAGAAAGUGCUCACCGCUUUCAUCCACGUACCGAUACAGUCGCUCAGCAUCUACGAUCUCGAUAAAUCGGUGACCACCGUCAAAGGUACCGAUUUCGCUAAGAAUUUGGUCAUUAGACAGUUACAAAUUUCCGUAUCGAAUUUAAAUCAACUGAACGAAGAGUCGUUUAAGAAUAUUAAAAAUACGCUCGAAUCGUUGGGUAUUGUUUCGAGUAAGCUGACUACAAUACCAAUAAAAACGUUACCCUUUUUAACCGCUUUACAGAUGAUUAAUUUCGAAUCUAACGACAUACAAGAGCUACCCAGCUACGGCUUUUACGGUCUGCGUUUAUUGCGAAUCAAUUUGAAAGGUAACUCGAUAAAUAAAAUUUCCGAAUAUGCUUUCGCCGGUUUGGAGGAAACGCUGGAGGAGAUGGAUUUAUCAGAGAAUAAAUUAAGCGAUUUCCCCAUAUUGUCGAUACGUCGUCUGGAGCGUUUGAGUAAAUUGAAAAUCGCCUGGAACGAGAUCAGCUACAUUCCGGACGACGGGUAUUCGUCGUUAAAAAGUUUACAACAAUUGGACCUCAGCUCGAAUAAUUUCGUCUCCGUAGCUGAGGACGCAUUCCGUCCGAUACCGUAUUUGACAAGCUUAUCGUUAUAUUAUAAUACCAUCGAAGGUAUACAUAAGAAAGCGUUCAUGUCGUUGGUGCAUCUGGAGAGUUUAGAUUUAAGUCAUAAUAAAAUCGUGUUCUUAGAUUCGGAUAUAUUUCGCACGAAUACCAAAUUGAAGAGUAUAGAUUUGAGUCAUAAUCACGUGCAUUACAUCAGCGGCGUAUUCGCCAAUCUGCCCGACUUGGCGGAAUUAUUAUUAUCCGAAAAUAAUAUAUUGGACGUGCCGAACGACGCGUUCUCAAAUUCGAAAAAUAUAACCGUUAUAUAUCUGCAGCAGAACGCCAUAAGGCACAUCGACUCGUCGGCUUUCUUAUCUUUAACGUCGCUAGAGCAGCUCCAUCUGAGCGAGAAUUUCAUCGAAAACGUUUCCGCCGACUUGCUAUCGAACUGCGUGAAACUUUCUUCGCUGAAUUUAGAUAACAACGCUAUUUGCGACUUGCACGCGGGUACUUUUAAAAACGUAACCAAUUUACGAGAGCUCAGACUACACAAUAAUCGUCUGCGGACGAUAAAGAAAGGCGUCUUCGAGCCUUUGAAAAAUCUGCUCGAGCUGCAUCUGCAGUACAACUACAUCGAUACCAUCGAGUCGGGCUCGUUUCGCAGCAUGGAGAAUUUGCAACACGUUAACCUACAAGGUAAUAUGUUAUCGACGCUGGGGGACGUAUUUCGACACGACUCCUCCUCGUUGGUAUCCGUCCAGCUGGACUCUAACCACAUCGUAACGCUUCAUAACGCUUCGCUAAAAGGCCAAUCUAACGUACAAAUCAUGUGGUUAGGCCAUAACCAGCUAACCAAGCUGAGCAAAGCUCUUUUCAACGAUUUACUCCUCAUACAACGCGUCUAUCUUACCAAUAACAGCAUUUCGCGCAUAGAAGCCGGUACCUUUGAGCCGAUGCAGGUCCUCUCGUUGCUCGAUCUGAGCCUCAACGAACUAGCCUCCGUUACCGUUAAAAUGUUCGCCGAUUUGAGCAACAUCGAGGAACUCAACCUGUCUUCGAAUAAAAUCGAAAACAUCGAAUCUGGCAGCUUCUCGUUACUCACCAAGCUACGUACACUCGACCUAUCUCACAAUCGACUGGUCGUCAUCCGGGGUAAAAUAUUCCACGAAGACUUACCCCUCGAAACGCUCAAACUAGAGAACUGUUCAGUCACCACUAUCGAAGAAGGAGUGUUCACUUCGUUGAAAAAACUCGACCACCUGAAUCUUUGUCGCAACCAACUCAACAACGACUUCAUCAUGAAACUAGAAAUAGAUAAUUUAAAAACGAUGAAUUUAUCCCGGAAUAACAUAACCAAACUUAGCGAUCACGUAUUCAAAGGUAUUCCAACCGUGAGUAAUUUAUACCUAGAUGAUAAUCAAAUCGCCGUCGUCGAGGGUAAAACGUUUUUAUUCAAUAGUUACCUACAUUCGAUAUCGUUCGCCGGUAAUAAACUGAAAACCCUGCCGUCCGAUAUAUUCAAAACACUAAACGAUCUUCGAGAGUUAACCCUGGAUCGUAACUACUUCCAGAUAUUCCCGUAUUCGGUCUCGAACGCGGUCUCGUUAAAGAAACUUUCCAUUUCGACGAAUAACAUCAGCACGGUGGAUUUCUCCAAGUUGAAAACUUUACGAAACAUAACCGAGUUGAAUUUAUCGAUAAACACGAUAAGCUCGGUAACGGGCUUCACGCCGUCUAAUUUUUCGCAUCUCGUAUGGGCCAGCCUAAGCUCGAACCUAUUAACCGCCCUACCGGCGAAUUUUUUUCACGGCGCUGUCUCGCUCCAGCAUCUGGACUUAUCGUCGAAUUACUUCAGACAUAUCCCAUCGGUGCCAAUUUCCACUCAAAAUCUACCCAACCUAAAAAGGUUGAAUUUGACGGAUAACCCGCUCAAUCAAAUUCACGAUAUGUCUUCCAUUAAGCGAUACCCGUCCUUGGAAGAAAUACAUAUUACCAAUACCAACCUAACCGUUAUUACCAGUAAAGAUUUCGAAGCGUUCCCGAAUAUUUUACAUCUAUACCUGGCGCGUAACAGUAUAGCUCGAAUAUCGCCCAGCGCUUUUCAAAAUUUACCUAAUUUACUAACGUUGGAUUUGAGCUUCAACGAAAUGGAACUCUUACCGCAAGAACGUCUGCAAGGACUGGCUCAUCUCAGGUUACUCAAUCUUACUCGGAAUCGUAUACAACGAUUGGAGCAGUUCCCUCAGGACUUGAAAGCGUUGCAGCUUUUGGAUUUGUCUUUCAAUCGUAUUGAUAAAAUAGAACGAGACACGUUCACCAGUCUGGAUAAUUUGGCGGAGUUGCAUCUGUACGGUAAUCGUAUCAGCGCCAUCGCUACCGACGCUUUCAGACCGUUGAAAAAACUCAGGGUACUCGAUCUCAGCAAGAAUUAUUUCGAGAAUUUACCACUGAACGCGUUCCGGCCGCUGGAGACGCAGAUCCGAAGCUUGAGGACUGAAGAGAAUCCUUUGUAUUGCGGAUGUGCCCAACAAGAAGUAUGGGAAUGGUUACGAGAUCAUCAAAAAAUGAUUAACGAAGGCAACGAAAUACGUUCGAGUCUGAAAUGCGAACAACCUCCAGAACUUAGGGGGAGAUUAUUUUUAGAACUCGAUCCGCCAACAUUUUGUACGACUCCUUUGGUCUUGAAGCUCGCCAUCCAAGAUAUACAGCCUUUUUCUGUCGUCGUCUCGUGGCAAAGUAGAAACCAUUCCGGAGUGUACGGAUAUCAAGUCGCGUAUAACGCCAUCUCUGCCAUGGAUUACAAUGCUAGUGCGAGCAGCAAACUGUACGAUAGUAAAACACGCUCGGUUAAGCUAAUCGAAUUAUACCCGAAUACAAGAUAUUUAAUAUGCGUUAUCGGGCUGAGUAAUUGGCAUUCGACAUCCACAAAUAAAACCAUAACCUCAAUCGAAAUGGCCAACAAUCACUCCAGCCGAUGUACCGAGGUACGUACUUUGGACGCCGGCGAAAAUUACCAGAUGCGUAGCCCGCAACCGAGUUCCAUACUAACGCGACGACUCGGUUUGAUUAUCGGCAGCUGUAUGGGUUUUGUGGUAUUUGUAAUAUUAGUUAUAAUCUUAGCGUAUAUGAAGGUGAAAAAACAAAGGGAAAAUGCCAAACACGAACAACCCCUACCGCCCGAAUACUUGUCGUACAGACAUUUCUCUUUACAAGGGUGUGACCCGUUGUCCAUGCAUGCUCAACGUACCACAACGCUUAAUUUAUAAUAGACGCGUAUUUUUACGAGACGAGAGCGUUAUCUGCGAGAGCCGAUGAAAGCUCGAGGAGGUAGAGAGGAGAGGCAUGAGGAUGUGUUGAGGGUACAAAUUUUCGUUUUGAACGUUUUGGCAGGAGGGUUUAGAGAGGUGGAGCUGCCAUUGAACACAUUAUACAGGGUGUUUUAGAGCAAUCUACCAGUGAUUAUGCAACUCUUACAACGUAUAAGUAGAUAUGGUUGCAUUACCUUCAAGUUUCAGGGGCAAAAUACACAAGAUUACUGAUUUAAAAAUUUGGUUUUUAUGUUAUUCCAGAAUUUACCUUCAAAUAUAUCAAAAUUUAUUCUUACAAAAAUUUUUAGAAACUUCUUUGCCUAAGUGAAAAAAAAAUCACUUUUCUCAAAACAUGGUGGACUUAUAGGAAGGUAUUAUUCCAGAUGGAAGAAAAUUUUUUGAACCGAACAAAGCUGAAUCAAAAGAGAAUGCAAAAAUACAUCAUUAGUCAAAAUUUCAGGUGCCAAAGUGCAUUUUUCGAUUUUUGGUAAAUUUUAAAAACUUCAAGGCCCAAAAAUGUGAAAAAAUCAAAAUUUUACCAAAUUUUCCUAGAAACCUGAAAUUUGGUAUGCAUCCUAAUUCGCCUUCCUGGAUCGAUUGGAAACAGUUUUGAAUCGUUUUGAGCAGUUCUGGAGCCUCCAGCAGAUUUUUGAAAGUGGUAAAAUACACAAGAUUACUGAUUAAGAAACUUGGUUUUCAAGUUAGGUAUACCAGAAUUUACCAUUCAAGUACAUCAAAAUUUAACCUUACAAAAAUUUUUGGAAACUUCUUUACACUAUUGAAAAAAAUCACUUUGCUCAAAACAUGAAUAUUUAGGGAAGUAUCUUAGCUGGAGAAAAUUUUUUUGAACCGAACAAAACUACAUUUAAGGAGAAUGCAAAAAUGCAUCAUUAGCCAAAAUUUUAGGUGCUAAAGUGCAUUUUUCGAUUUUUGGUAAAUUUUUGAAAAUUCAAGGCUCAAAAAUGUGAAAAAAUCAAAUUUUACCAAAUUCACCUAAUAAGCUGAAAUUUAGUAUGCAUGCACCCUAUUUCAGCUUCCUAGAUCGAUUGGAAACAGUUUUGAGCAGCUCUGGAGCCUCCAGCAGAUUUUUGAAAGAUGAAAAUUUCACAAAAUUUCACUCGAUGAAGUUGAAAAGCUAAAAUUGACGGUUUAGCUCUCAAUUUUAUCAUUACGAGUCGAUUGGAAAUAGUUUCAACCAUUCUGGAGAUUCCAGUAGAAUUUUUAAAAUUCCAGUUUCCCAAAAAAAACCGCCAUAAAAUCUGUCCAAAUUAACUUUGGAACGUCUACCUACUCGAGAUUAGUGCUUGUUGUUGACCUACUUGACCAAUUUCAUGCCAUUUCUCCAAAAUCGAUUACUGCUGGUUCAAAACCAUAAAUUUCUCCAGCGAUUUCAAAAAUGCAAAUUUGAAAAAUUAAGUGUUCCCGAGCCUUUGGAGGAAAACAUCUGAUCUGAUUUUCAAAUCAUGUCAUAUUUUCAACAUUGGUGAGUCGACUGAAAAUGGUUUUUUUUAGCCAUUUUGGAGUCUCCAGCAACUUUUUGGAAAUUCUAGUUUUAAAAAAUCAAUUUCAUACAAUUUUUUUUCAAAAUCAGUUUUUACUUGUUCAGAACAAUGUUUUUUUUUCAAGUUUCAAAACUCUGCUAGAGGCUCCAAAGCUGCUCAAAAUGGUACAAAACCGUCUCCAAUCGAUUGAGGUGGUCGAAAUCAAGAUUCAUAUUAAAUUUCAGCUUUCUUGUUCAAUUUAGUAAAAUUUUGAAGAAAAAAAAUGUUGUCCUUCGAAAAAUUUUCUACACUCCCUUCCUCUUUUAAAGCAAGUAUGUUGUUUUUUUUUAGGACUAAAAUGGGAUGUUCAUAAAACAGACCUACAAGUUUUCCUCAGUAAAGAUUCCCCCUCCCAAAAAAAUUGAUAAUUUCGUUUUUUUUUUCAAGUUUAUCGGAGAAGUUUUUCUGAAAAAGUUUUUUCCAAAAGAAAAUUUCUCAAAUUAGAAAUUUCCUUCUAAAAUGUAAACUUGAUUUUUGAAAAAAGAAGGUUAAUAACAAAUUUUGUUUUACGACAAACAAUUUUUAAAGAAAGAUUUUUUCUUUCUUAAAUUGUUCACAAGAGAACUUUUUUAGGGCGAAUUUUAAAAGCUUUUGAUCACUUUUUUGUUCCAUGAAGUUAGUCUCUCCAAAAACAAAAUGAAGUUUACAUUAUCUGUUCAAAAAUGAAAGUUUCAAUUUUAUUUUCAAAAAUGACAGGAGUUUUGAAAUAAUUUUCAACCCAAUCAGCCACUUAAAAAUGGGUUUAACAACGCUGCCUCUCUUUUUAGAACUGGCGUCCUUAACCUCUAGAUCGUAUGAAGAAAGAAUUAAUGAAACAUGAAACAAAAUCCGUAAAAAAAAUAUUUCACGAAAUAGAAAAAUUAUCACAUUAUGAAAACUUCUCCUGGUAAUGAAAAUAAAAAUUCAUAAAACAAUUUCAAUGAGCACCCCCCCCCCACCCUUGUUAGCCAGAAUAAAAAAUUUUUACUGACACAAAAAUCAAAGAAAACUUGGAAAAAUCGUCGUUUAAUGCUAAUCAAAUAAAAUCGACUAUUUCAACUCGAAAAAACACACAGUCAAAUCAUCUCGAAAAUGAAAUUACCCAAAAAAAAUCCGGCCUCUCCUUGCACGCUCUUGUCUCGUUAUCGUUUGUAUAUUUUUGUUGGUUAUAAAUAUCCGGACAAAGUCUCGUAUUAUGAUAUUUUUUAAGGAAAAUUAAUUCAAUUUAUGUAUGGUUUUUUGGGUCGAAAAAAAUUUUCGAGCAAUUUACUAUGUAUUUUUGUUGUUCAACUUUGUAAUUUAGAUUAAACGACGUAGUCGCUGAGUUAUUGUUGUGUACAUUCCAACGAAUAAAAUAUCCUUCGAGUUGACUGAAGACGUAAAAAUGAGGCAAAGGAAAAUGCGACCUUGCGGUGUUUCGAGGCCAGUUUUAUCUAUCCUCGUUCAUUUUUUUUUCGAGUGCGUGCGUGUGUCUAAAUGUCAAUUAAUUUGCGUUCUGUCGUGAUCUCUUCGCGAGUUAAUUUCGCCAUUUACGAAGACCUUUUUUUUUUCUAAUUUCACUAUACUGUACAAGUCGUCUCGAAAUACUCAUCAGAUAUUCCCUCGCGACACGUCGUCAGUCGACUCGAAGGGUAAUAAUGCGGUGCUGGAGCAAUUUAUUUUUUUUUCGCGCCAGGCUAAAAUUAGCACCCGAAUCGUAAUACCUUUAACCCGUUCUAAAAAUAUACCCUUUUAUUUCUCCCUCCGCGAUGAAGUCGACGUGGAUGUAAAAUGGUACUCACCUCGAUCGUAGGUACGUUUAAUUUUCGUCUAUAGUCGAUUCGAUUGAUUUCUUCGUGUUCAGUUAUUUUGGAUCAAAUUCGACCGAGUCUAGAAAAAGAAAAAAUUACGCAAAAAUUAACAUUCGAUUUGAAAAAAAAAACAUGAUCAUCAACUAAGAAAUUCAGCUUUUAAUAGGUUGAAAAAAAUAUUUUAUUUCUACCUUCGUGAUACUAGAAAACAAUACCUUCAUCAUCAAUCAUCAAAAAACGAUAAAAAUAAGAUGGCAAUCUUCAACAAUCCUAUUCAUAAAGGGCAAAUUAAGUAUACCAAAAAGGAAGCCAAUAGCUUGAAAAAAAAAGGUUAGAAUGAAAAUAUCCUAAUUUUAUAAACCACGCUAUUAUCUAGUUUAUGGUAUAAUUUUUUUUAUAUUUUUGUAUUUACAUUCUAAGACGCGUUCAUGAUGAAAAUGUUUUUUAAAAACUACCUAAAUAAUAAUUUCCUUUUCAGUUGACCUCGUAAAUUGUUUUAAUGGUAACUCUUCAAAGAGAAACCACGAGAUAAGAGGAAAAGGCACAGAUAAUGCGAUCAAUCACUUUGAAAUUUCAUCACACGCGUUUUAUUGUUCUUUUUUCGUAAAAGAACGUGAAGGGAGGGAGAUGAAGGGUGGAAAAUUCGAACCAAAUAUCUGAUUUUUAAAAUCAAAAUCACCUACUAGGAAAUAAGUAAGGAAAACAACAAAGUUGACUGAGAAGGGAAACAAAUCCAUGUUGUUUUUUUGUUUAUAAAAAAUCUUACUUUAAUUAAUUUCCUCGCAAGAUAAAUAUUUCUUUUUGUUGUUAUUUGUUUUAACUUCACUUUAUAUUAUUAAAGUUGUAUUACAUUUUAUAUGCGAUUAGAUUACAAAACGUAUGUAAGUUGAUGUAAAAAAAAAUACAUUUUAUAAACGGUUUAAAUAAAAUUUUUGACAUUUUAUUACCCAAA